AUGGACAUAUUGAAAUUACAAUUGGUAGAAAAGUAUAAGUCAUUCAUAGACAGUAACCAAGAUUUUAAGGUUGUUUAUGGGGACAACUUGCUUGAUAGUCAAAAUGAUGUGAUCUUAGUAUUGGACUCAUCUUUUAAUCCCCCACACAUGGGACAUUAUUCCUUGGCAAAGCGAUCAAUUGAAUAUUUUAAAGAACACCAUAAGAACUCCAAGGUAUCUCUUUUAUUGCUACUAUCUGUGAAAAAUGCUGAUAAAGUACCUACUCCAGCAUCAUUUGAAGAAAGAUUAUACAUGAUGUGUCUAUUGAACGAUUUUAUUAAAAAAGAUGGGAUCAAAGUGAGUGUUGGUUUGACAACACAUGCAAAAUUUGUAGAUAAAAGUGAUGCUAUUAGGAGAGCAUGUUCGUUCGAAAACCAAAUAGCAUACUUAGUCGGAUUUGAUACUAUCACCAGAAUAUUUGAUCCUAGAUAUUACAAGCCAGAUGCUCCAGCUGAUGCAUUACAGGAGUUUAUGAAGACCACACAAUUUUGUUGUUUAACGAGGGAUAAUGGAUCUAUACCGUCAGAAGAACAAUUAAAUUAUGCUUCCGAUAUUUCAAGUGGUAAAUUUGAGCCACUUAUUCCGUCACAUUGGGGUUCAAAGAUACAUAUCCUUGAUAAUGAUAGCAAAUACACGAAAAUAUCCUCUUCUGAUAUAAGAAAUAAAUUGCAUAAUAUCAGUCGAGUUAAGGAACUUAACGAUGAAUUACCAUUGACAAUAAUGGAAUACUUAGAAGUUUUUGGAAAAUCCAUUUAUUAG